AAGGAACGACUAGAGCGCGGUACGACGCAAGGUGACUGAGGAGCUCCAUGCUGCAGUAAGCCUCCAAUGAUGAACCUACCCACCUGCCUGAUGAACUUGUACUUCAGAGCAAUGAGACCUCCAGUUUUCUGCCAUGGUGUUUACUCUGAGGCUGCCAAAGGAGGAAGGAGAGGGGAUCCAUUUGUCCCAAGCCCUAUAGAGGCCUACGCCAGCCGUCUCUUUCAUUACAUGCACCAUGCAUCCAGUCAGAUGUACAAGCGGGCUGGACGCUUUCAGACAAAAAGGGAGGUGUGAUGAUGACACCAUAUUGUGUGAAACCUGGACCCUCUUCCCCCCACACGUAGUUCUUCGGAAGAAAUCGGAGAGAGAGCAGUAUGGUGGAAGAUGUCUGCGGAGGGAAGGGAUGCGUCACUGGAUUAGUGCCUGAGAAUCUGUCCCAGCCUCCUUCCCCCUGAGCUCGCUGAGACGCCUCCAGAAGGGCAAGACACUCGCUGCUCGCUUUCCGUCCACCAAGCCUUCCACAUGAGCCAGCCAAGCCUUGCCCCCCCACCAGGAUGAAGAAAGAAAAGAAAACACAUGCUUUACUGUUUCUCCUCCUGCUUCACUUCACCUUGGGGCAAUCAGACUACGCUCCGUAUUUUUAUGAUAAUGGACCCAGCAGUACACAUGGGAAUAUGGCCUUGUUCAGCAUCUCUGAGGAUACACCAGUUGGGACACAGAUUUACAUUCUGAAUGGCACAGAUCCAGAGGGAGAUCCUGUGCGAUAUGGUUUGACUUUUGAAAAGGGCUCUAAAGAAUAUUUUAGGGGGGACUCAAAAUCAGGAAACGUGACUCUGAUCCAGGAGCUCGACAGAGAGAAACAAGAUGAAAUCUCAGUGCUCGUGAGCAUAACAGACGGUCGCAAUAAAGUUAUUGAGACGGUCAGAGUGUUUGUUACAGAUGCCAAUGAUGAACCACCUGAAUUUCAAAACCUGCCUUUCAUCAUUGACAUCCCAGAGGACACUGCUCCAGGAAGCAGCAUCUACAGAGUCCAAGCACUGGAUCGAGAUAUGGGCUCAGGAGGCAGUGUCUCAUAUUAUCUACAGACAUCACCGUUUGCCAAGUUCACUAUCGACGGGCACAGCGGGAUCUUAAGAGUCAAACCUGGUGAGACUCUGGACUACGAGACCACGCCCACACACUUUGUGACGGUGGUUGCAAAGGAUGGAGGUGGAAAGUACAAGGGAAAGCACCAGGUUUUGACCUCCACAGCCACCAUGACAAUCAAUGUCCUCGAUGCUCAGGACAUGCCUCCGUCCUUCGUAGGAACUCCUUACUUUGGUUAUGUCUACGAAGUCUCUGUUCCUGGUUCUGAAAUAUUCACUGUGUACGCUAAAGAUGGAGAUCAGGGCAACCCAAACCUGAUACAUUAUUCCAUUCUGAAUGGUAGUGAUGGUGUCUUUGACAUAAAUAGCACCAGUGGAUGCAUCACCCUGACAACAUAUCCAACUCUGCUGAGAAAUGAGUUAUAUGAAAUUAUAGUCAAGGCGUCUGAGGUGGGGCCGAACAAUCAGCUGCUGGAGUACGAUGUUACCACGGUGACGGUCCGGGUGGUGGAUCUCAACAACCAUCCUCCCACCUUUUACGGAGAGAACGGCCCACAGAGCAGGUUUGAGGUCACCAUGUACGAGCAUCCUCCUGCAGGGGAGAUCCUCCGAGGCUUUAAGAUCACCGUCAACGACUCUGAUCAGGGAGCAAAUGCUAAAUUUAAACUGAGACUCGUGGGGCCGAGUCGAGUGCUGCGAGUCGUCCCACAGACAGUCCUCAAUGAAGCGCAGGUGACCAUCAUUGUUGAAGACACAUCUGGCAUCGACUAUGAAAAGGGACCAACCCUCUCUUUUAAGCUGCUGGCGGUGGAGAUCGACACCCCUGAGAGGUUCAGUGCCACAGCUGACAUUGUGAUCAACCUGCUGGACACGAAUGACAACAUCCCCAAAUUCUCCUCUGAGUAUUACAUCGCCAGAGUCCCUGAGAACUCUCCGGGAGGUUCCAGUGUUGUGACUAUAACAGCAAAUGAUCCAGAUUCAGGGCCCUGGGGUGAAGUCAAAUACACGAUUUAUGGAUCAGGAUCAGAUUUGUUUGCCAUCCACCCAUCAUCAGGCAUCAUCUCCACGCAGCCCUGGACCAGCCUGGACGCAGAGGUCAGGUCCAAGUACAACUUCUACAUCAAGGCCGAAGAUUCGGAGGGGAAGUACAGCUUGUCUGAGGUGUUCGUCACCGUCCUCGACAUGAACGACCACCCUCCAGCUUUCGAUGAAAAAUUCCUGGAAAAGACCAUGAUUAUUGGCAUACCUGUCAAAGUGGAGGCAGUGGAUGAAGAUGCAGAGUCUCCCAACAACGUCAUUGAGUACUCCAUCAUGACGGCAGAUCCAGACAACGCGUUCGAUAUCAACGCAGACACUGGGGAGAUCAAGCUGAAGCCGUACAUCAAAUCCAUGGAGAUUGUGCAGAAUAUCACCAGGCAGAAGGACUGCAAGUGGUCUCUGGUGGUCCAGGCCAGGGACAGAGGCUCCCCAUCCUUUAGCACAACAGCCGUGGUCAACAUCGAUAUCACAGAGGCGACUCCUCUCAAGGGUCCUAUGGCGGCCUUUUUAUUGAAAAGUAGGGACAAUCCUAUGAGAGCUCUAGGCAUGGUCACUGUUGUCAUAAGCUUAUUGGUAGGGGUGACUGUCUUGAUCUCUACGGGUUUGUACAUGCGCAACUCAAAGUCAAACAGGAUCAUGCCGGCUCGUCGCAUCAUCAAGAGGCGGCCCAGAGACCCCAGGGACCAGCAGCCCUGGAACUUCAAGAUGCCUCUCAUCACAUUCAACAACCCCGCAGAUAAGUUUGUCAUCGUCAAUGAUGAGAGAAGCCCCCGACCGAAGCCUCCACCUCCCAGCGCUCCUCCGCCUCCAUCUAACACACGGCCCCAUGAGAGGCAUCGGGCCAUCCCAACGAUAUCUGGCGCCCUGGUCUCCAAGGGGUCCAAAAAAUCUGGUCGCCGCAAGGAGGGAAACGUCAGCUCUGCUUUGGUGUCAGAGCUUAAAAUGAAGCUGGAGCAGAAAAUCAAUGAGAGCAACAAAGGUUAUUAUUAACAGUGUCAUACAAAAACGUCUCAUUUAAGGUUUUUUGAUGCUCUUAGCUCAUCGACUGUCAACCUGAUCUUCAUGUGAUGAUCUGAUGGCUUAUGCAUGAGUAAAUGGUUAAAAAAAAAAUGGGGGGAACAGAUAUUAAAGUCUUAAGGCGAGAUAAUAACAAGUAGGUACCUCAGCUGACCUGGCUUAGGUGAAGAGAGGAGACCGCUUAAUCUGCCUCUGGUGCAAUGGGAGAUAAUUCACCACACUGCCAUCUUGAGGAAGAUUACAUCAUCCUUAGAGUAAGAGGCACCAGAGAGAGAGGAUUACUAAGACUUACUGUCUAUACAUAAGUUGCAUAACUUCCUGAAAAGUGUACAUGUCAAAAAAAAAUCCUAUGAAAAAUGUUUCUUUUUGCUCAGUGGAGCGUGCAGCUGAAUGACACAGUCGUGGAAAAAAGACACUGCUUCUUAUAAAGUGCUAAAGGACCCAUGUGUUAAUAUUUUUACUGUGUUACAUCAGCCGCUUGAAAGCUGAGAAGUUGCUCUUUUGUAUGAUUACAAUGUGCCACUGUAGGUUUUCACGGUAACAGGAGCUAACAGAGUUGCUUUUAUUUAUUUGAGUGUGUUAUUAUAGAGAAAUAAAUGCUUUUAUAUAAAUGACAUGGGUCCAUUUAAAUGUAUAAAUAUGCAUAUAUGACAAGAUUCUCUGUUGUAUCUUGCAGCAGUUAAUAACAUACGGUACAAAUAAAACCAUCUAACGCCACUAAAGAUUUUCAAGCACAGAUGUAUAUAACCUGCUCGGACAUUUCCUUUAUAGCUCUAGAUAUUGAAAUAUUGAGUCUGUGUCGAACAUUUAGGUUCCUCUCACUCCAUGUUACUCCAAUGCCUUCAAAUGUUGGCAACUAAAAAUAAUUGCAUUGCUGUGACAUCUUGUAUCUGACUAUAUCAUUAUUUGUAACUAUCUUAAAUAAGUUGAGAUGAACUAUACAUCUUAACUAUAAAUUACACUUGCCUGGUCCUUCAAAGUAACAUAUUUGUACCGUCUUUGUACUGUCUUGAUUUUGAAUAAAUAUUUGAAAAUAAAUUUG